AUGGAUUUCAACUCGCUCAAAGACCAGAUUAGCAAUCUGACGAUGUACGAUGUGAAGGCAGGGGUGCGCAAAGUCCAGAAUGCUAUGAUGAACUAUACGGAAAUGGAGGCGAAAGUCCGUGAAGCUACCAACAACGAGCCAUGGGGCGCGUCCUCAACUUUGAUGCAGGAGAUUGCGAACGGAACACAUAGCUAUCAAUUACUCAACGAGAUUAUGCCUAUGAUUUACCGACGGUUUACGGAAAAGACAGCAGAAGAAUGGCGGCAGAUCUAUAAAGCUUUGCAACUUCUCGAAUUUCUCAUCAAGAACGGUUCGGAACGAGUCAUUGACGACGCACGAUCCCACAUUUCUCUUUUGCGGAUGCUGCGCCAAUUCCAUUACAUCGACAACAAUGGCAAAGAUCAGGGAAUUAACGUUCGCAAUCGUGCUCAGGAGCUGGCUAAGCUUUUGAGCGAUGUCGAUGCUAUUCGUGGGGAGAGAAAGAAGGCGAAAGCCAACAGAAACAAAUUCGGUGGCAUUGAAGGCGGAAUGGGCGGUUUCUCCGGCGGCUUUUCGAGCAGCUCUCGCUAUGGGGGUUUUGGAAGUGAGGAUGCCAGUUACGGAGGAUACAGUGGAGGGGUAUACGGCGAUGGCGGAGGAUUCGGUGGCAAUACUAGCGGCUUCAACGAUUCCGGAAGACGGAGCAACCGUUUCGAAGAGUAUGAUGAGAAUGACGACGAGGGAAGUUAUCCCGCUUCACAAAGGAGAACCGAACGCAGCCCUCCACCUGCGUCCAGGCAACAAGCAAAGAAACCUGAGCCUCCAAAAGCCCCUGAACCUGAUCUGUUCGAGUUUGGUGACGAACCAGCACCGCCGGCGGCUCCAACGUCACAAAUCCAAAGUUUAGUAUCGGCAGGGAAACAGCCAGUUGGCAGCAGCGGCCUGACUAGUCUUGCGCCGCAAUCCAUCGAGGAUGAGGACGAUUUCGACGACUUCCAAUCCGCUGGUCCAACCACACAAACGACCGCAUCCCAGGCCCAGUUUGCUUCCAUUCCCCCUCCAAGUACCGCAUCAAUUGCGCCUCCUCAGACGCAAUUCGCCGCUCCAAAACCGGUCUCAGGGGCACAGGGAGCAAACUUGAAUGGGCUAAUGGGACUUACUUCUCCAGCGCCUUCGAUUCCAGGCAGUGUAUCGCACACGCCUAGCAUCAGCUCCCCCACAAUGCAACCCCAACCUCUCAAGCCCACGACCUACCAAGCUGUCCAACCAAAUUACUUUACUUCAGUCCCAGCUCCUCAACCUCAGGCUAGUGUCAAGUCACCCAGGUACUCGUUCACAAGUAGCCACACCGACUUCAACCCACCGCCGGCAAAGCCUCUGGUGACGUCUUCGAGCAACCCUCUGGUCGUCAGCUAG